GAUUUCAGUGUGAGUAAUAGCCGACUGUGACCUGCGACUUCGAUAUUCAGUUUGCUCGCGUAAGCCGGCGAGUGCGCGUCGUGCAGAUUUAGCGAGUUCGCUCUUUCAUUCGAUUCAUUCAAAAAAAAAAAAACGAGAACGAACAUUCGAUCAAAAUAUAAAAUCCAGGAAUCCCGUCGCUUAGCUCAGGGAAAAAUGUGUACGCCGGUGUCGUCAGCUUUGUGCUUUGUGAAGUCGGCACCGAGCAAUAUCGUCCGAUCAACAUCAAAAAAGUUAUCUAGAUACAAUAUUCUUCACCUGCAUCAGUUACAGCAACAGCAUAAUUCGCUCCAUACAACCGCAAUAAAGGGUUGUUGUGACGGUGCAUUGCUCUCGCGUUGCACUCACAAAACUUCAAAAUGUUUUAUUAUCGCUACGUCACAGGGGUCAACAGACCUGCGAUUACGGGCAUCUAUGACCACAGGAAUUCCCCCUGCUGCACCCGUUGAGUCCUAUGGGACCCCGGCUACUUUAUCUAAACAGCAGGCGAGGGAUCUGGCCGUUCGUUUAACGCCAGAGGAACGGGACGUUCUUAUAUCUGCUCUACAGGAAACACAGUCGCAAAAAGUAAAAGCGGAGUACGAAGGUCAGCUGGCGGCGUUUCGUUGGAGGAGCAAAUUUGGAAGACCAAGUCGAGUACCGAGUCUUGGAGAUGUGGAUCCCACGGGAACUUACUGUGCGGUGCCAGAGGAUUGGUUGCUUCGAAAGUAUGCUGCCACAGUCCCACAACCUACCAGGCACGAUUUAUUUCGAGUAUCGCUCACUAAUGCAAUUCCAUUCGUUGGAUUCGGUUUUCUUGACAACUUCUUCAUGAUCAUCGCUGGUGAUCAAAUUGAAACCUCGCUCGGCGCCGUCAUAGCCUUGUCCACGAUGGCAGCUGCUGCAUUUGGAAAUACAAUUUCUGAUAUACUUGGAAUUGGUUCAGCAUUUUACGUUGAACGACUUGUCCAGAAAAUCGGCUUUAAAGCUCCAAAGUUGACUCCAAUUCAAUUGGAUCUGCCAAAGUCUAGGAGAGCAGCUAAUCUGGGACGUGUCCUCGGAGUGACGAUCGGCUGCCUGUUGGGAAUGACUCCUUUACUUAUUCUCCAUAAAGGAGGUAAAGAUAAAGAGGGCCAAGGCGCGGAAGAACCAGUGAAAACCAGUGAUUAGUAAAAUUGAUGAAGUUUUUGCCGUUGCAACAAUCUUCUUUGUACAAAUCCGGAACGGUUAAGAGAUAGCCAGAUUUUAAUAAUUAUUUAUGAAUUGUAAUAUAUUAUUGCAAGUUUAAAUUGCAUAGAUUCUCCUAACGUAACAUGUAUUUAAUGUGUGUAUUUGUGUAUAUAGCUAGAGACAAAUGAAACGAUGCAAAAAGA